UUAAUAUCUCUCUUUUAUUUAUUUAUGUAUUUUCCAAAGUACAAACGGCGACGUUUCGGUAAAGAUUAGGUUUUCUUCCUUGUCACGUUUCAGACAAACCCUGCCGCUUCCACUUUCCCUUUCCUCCAUCUCUGCGCCUCUUCUCCUACAGGUGCUUUCUCUGGGUUUUGCAAGGACAUUAUGUCAGGCAUGGAAGAUAUCAAAGAUCAGGAACAAGCAGUAGAGUCUGAGAAACCCAUGCCAUCAUCCCAAGAGGAGGAGGCAGCUAUAAAGAAAAAGUAUGGUGGAAUUGUGCCCAAAAAACCACCCCUCAUUUCUAAGGACCAUGAACGUGCUUACUUUGAUUCUGCUGAUUGGGCUCUUGGAAAGCAAGGUGGUCAGAAGCCCAAAGGACCACUUGAAGCUCUUAGGCCAAAAUUGCAGCCCACACAACAGCAAACCCGGUCCCGAAAGUCUCCUUGUGCCCCAGCAGAUGGUGAAGAUGGCGGAAGUGCAUCCGAGGAUUCACCGGCUAAUGAAUGAGAGAGGACUGGUAUUAAUUUGAUCUCUUGAAGACAAUUGUUAUUAUUCUGGUACCUAUGUGGGGUUAAUGAGUAAUUUAAUGUUGUUGCCGAAAAUAAAUUGAUGAAGAUGUUCUGUUAUUAGCUAAAAGGAAACACGCUACACCAACAUUUAUGCAGUUGAGACUAAUGUGGAUCCAUCUUGACGUCUCUGUUCCAAGAUUUUUCUUAAUGUGGAACAUUAUUGCUUAUUUUAAUGAAGAACUAUGAAAAAGAAAAAAAGGAAGAAAAAAUUAUUUUGUAAUA